AAAAAGAAAGGGGGAAACAAACCAGCCAAAGGCAAGACUCCGACAGUGGUAGAUGGGCUGUCGACGGAGGAAAUGUCUAAGGAACAGCUGGAGGAACAUAUUGUUCGUCUACGAGAGGAGCUAGACAGGGAACGGGAGGAGCGCAACUAUUUCCAGCUGGAGAAGGACAAGGUCCAAACCAUGUGGGAGAUCACCAAGAGAGUACUGGAGGAGAAGAACGCUGACCUUAGGAACAAGGACAGAGAGAAGGAGGAGGCAGAACAACGCCACCAAGUAGAAAUACAGGUUUAUAAACAGAAGGUAAAACAUUUGCUGUAUGAACACCAAAACGGCAUCUCAGAAUUGAAGGCUGAAGGAGUGGUGGCCACCAAGCUGAUGCAGAAAGAACAUGUGGAGCUGGAGAAUGAGCUGCGGAAGGGAAUGCGUGCUCUGAAAGUCGACUUCAAAGAGCAGGUGUUCUCCAAUGAGAACCUGGUCGAGAGCCUCAAACUGAAACAUGAUGAAGAAAUUACUGUAUUAAGAAAUGAUUUUGAACGACAUGUCCGAGAAAUUGAGGCCAAAUAUGAAAAGAAGAUGCAGAUCCUGCGUCAGGAACAAGAUCUCAGGCGUAAGACCGAGAUCCAUGAGAUAGAGGAGAGAAAAAACAGCCAGAUCAACACACUGAUUAAAAACCAUGAGAAAGCUUUCACAGACAUCAAGAAUUACUACAGCGAUAUCACUGUCAGCAACCUGAACCUCAUCAAAACACUCAAGAAUCAACACGACGAGAUGAAGAAGAAGCAGAGCAGGCUGGAGAAAGAGAUGGCUGAAGUGUUACUGCAGAAUAAAAAUCUGACAGAGCCCUUGCAAAAGGCUAAAGAGGAGGUCACUGAACUCAAGAAACAGCUGGCCAACUAUGAGAAAGACAAAGCGUCCCUGGCCGGGGCCAAAGCACGUCUUAAGGUAGCGGAGAAAGAGAUAAAGAGUCUGAAAUGGGAAAAUGAAGAGCUGGAACAGAGGUUCACUAAGGUCCAGGCAGAGCGUGAUGAACUGUACCAAAAAUUCACCAAGGCCAUCCAGGAAGUGCAGCAGAAAAGUGGCUUUAAGAACAUGCUGCUGGAGAGAAAGCUGGGAGCUCUGACAGACACCCUGGAGAAGAAAGAGGCCCAGCUCAGUGAAGUCUUGCGUGCUGCCAACUUAGACCAGACAGCAGUCGACAGCAUGACCCGCAAGUUUGAGGAAAUUGUGAACUCCAAAACCACUACAAUCAAAGACCUACAAUAUGAGCUGGCUCGGGUUUGUAAGGCUCAUAACGACCUGCUACGUUCAUAUGAAGCUAAACUGCAGGCAUUUGGUAUCCCAGUGGAAGAGUUGGGUUUCAAGCCACUGGAGACUAAUGUGGCUGGGCAGACUCUGGGUCAGGGCCCUGCAGGUCUGGUGUCUACACCCACAUAA